AUGGAGUUGUGGGAAGCAAUUGCUUCAGAGUUAAACAAUAUCGGUCCUCCAAUACGUAGUGGCAGCGAAUGGAAUAAGGAUUGGUUGGACUAUAAGUUAAAAAUAAAAAGGAAAAUUGCAGAUAAUCGUAAGGAGAUUGCAGCCACAGGUGGAGGACCAUACAACCAACCGAGUUUAACGCCAUUGGAGCAGGCCGUGGACGAGCUGUUCAGCUUGCAGCAGGCAGUGAAUCCAAGCGGAGCCGCAUUUGGUAGCACUACACCUGCACCAGCACCUGCAUCUGCACAUUUAGAAGAAGAACAUCUGGAAGAUGUCGAGGUGCAGCCUGAGCGGGCUGGAAAUGUUAGCAUUUCGUCUAGGCAGGCACCUACAAGCAGAGUGAAGGAGCGCGAAAAUUUGCGUAUGAAGGCUUUGGAGAAACAAGCAGAAACACAAGAAAGCCUUGUCGGUAUUCUGCAAAAUAUUAAUUCGGGAUGCAACUAUACUAUGACAAUGCAUUCGCAAUUUGUCUUCGGCGAUGAUCUGCUGCUGUUCCACUGA